AUGGCGGAGUUCCCAUGCUCUCUAGAACGCUCGGUCGCUUCUGCUCUGCUCCUCCUCUCCACUUCGCCGCCGCCUCCUCCGCCGUCUCCUCCGUCGAGGUCGGUUUCUCGAGACGAGUGGUUGUUUGAGGUGAAAAUCGAAGGAAAAUUAUCGAGAGAGUUGCCGGCGUUUUGUGAUUAUUCGAAGUCGUGCUCUUCGAUACUCACCGGAGAUGAAUCGUCCAAGACUCGGGAGCAGGAGCCGUUGUUGUUCUCUACAUCGGCUUAUGGCGACGAGCUAAAGCUCAAUGUCGUGAGAAAGAGUCGUUCGAAGCUCAUACGGAUAUCCGAGAACCGGAAUGCCUCUUCUGCUGACGAUGCUACCCUGUCUUCAGGCUCCGCGUCCUCGGAGACCUCUUGCUUGUCAAGCAGCUCAAAUGUGGUCACAAGCGCGCCAUGCCGUCGUCUGGUUACCAGAGCAGAGAAGAAGUUAGAAAUGAUUCGUCACGUUUGGAGGAAAAAGCAGGUGGCAUCGGCUCAUAUGCGCCGGCGGGCGGAAGCCAUUUUGAUGUACCUCUCCGGUGGCUGUUCCUCUGAAGUGAAGAUACGCCAAGUGCUCGGUGACAGCCCUGACACAAGCAAGGCUCUCAGAAUGUUGUUGAAACUGGAAGAGAUCAAAAGAUCUGGAACAGGUGGGCGCCAGGAUCCCUAUAUUUACAUGAUUGCUUGA